UGAGCAGUCACUCAUAUCACUCCAACUCAUAUAUAUUACAAGGCAGUUUUUCACAGUUUAUAAAAACACAUCGUCGUGACAAUUUCAAAAGCCCAAUCAACCGUUUUCCAUUAAAAGUGUUUUGAGAAAAGAAAAAAAAGAAUUAUGAGAAAGUUUGUGUUUUUGUUAUGUUUCAUAUUUGCACAAUAUGUAAUGUUUCAUACUGCGAUCGCACAAAAAAGAAUUCCGAGAAACUUUCCAGAAUAUGGCUUUUUCUUGAACAAACAACAACUCUAUCUACAAGAACUUUUGGAGUUUUUAAGAUUCCCGAGUAUUUCGGCCUCAUCAGAACACUUGAAAGACGUUCAAGGAGCUGCUGAAUGGUUAAGGAAUCGUAUGUUAGGAGCUGGAAUAUCAAAUGUACAAAUAUUUCAAGUCGGAAAGUAUCCACUUGUUUAUGCUUCUAUUCCUGCAGCUGUACCCCAAGCUCCAACAGUAUUAAUAUAUGGACAUUUUGACGUGCAACCGGCAAGUGUGGAAGAUGGAUGGAACAUAACAAAGCCUUUCAAGCCAAGAGUCAUUCAAGACAAAAUAUAUGCAAGAGGUGCCUCUGAUGACAAAGGCAGUUUGCUUUCAGUAGUGCAUGCAGUAGAGGCCAUUUUAGCAGUUUCGCAAGGAAGGUCUCCGGUCAAUAUUAAACUUCUUUUUGAAGGUCAAGAAGAAAUUGGCUCUCCAGACUUGCCUUCUUGGCUUCUCAAGAACCGAAAGUUGAUCCAAUCUGAUUUGUUGAUUUCUGCAGAUGGAUCAAUGCAUAGUGAAAAUAUCGGAAGUAUUGUUUGGGGACUGAGAGGAGCAGGAGCAAUACAAGUAAAUGUAACAGGUCCAUCUCAUGACUUACAUUCUGGUGGCUUUGGUGGUGUCGUACAAAAUCCGAUUCAUUGUUUGGUCAAGUUACUAGAAAGCAUGAGACAUGAAAAUAAGAGCAUUGCGGUUGAAGGCUUUUAUGAAGGAACUCGUCCAAUAACUCAAAAGGAGAAAGACUUUGCCAGACAGUCUAUUGACUUUGAACAAGAACUUUCUAGAUUAGCAGGCGUCUCUCAACUUGCUGGUGGUGAAUCUGAACUUUUUGAUACAGUAGAAAGGUUAUGGUUUCGUCCUACUCUAGAUGUUGUAGGUAUUUGGGGAGGUUAUAUGGAUCAAGGCAUCAAAACGGUGUUACCUGCCAAUGCAUAUGCCAAACUUUCUUUUCGUUUGGUACAAGAACAAGUACCUGAGAAAGUAGUCGAGAAAAUGAUUCAACAUGUAAGUCAACAUUGUCCUGCUGGUUGUUCUUGUAAAGCAUUUGACUUGGGAUUUCAUGCCUUACCAUUUGAAUCAGAUCCCGAUAUGUUAAGUAAUCAAGUUCUUCGAGAGACUCUAUUAGAUAUUUAUCAAGGAGAAGAACCUAAAUAUGUUCGUUCAGGUGCCUCUAUUCCUAUUGUAGGUUUUAUACAGAAAGAAUUCCAAAUACCUGCCAUAUUUUUGGCAUUUGGAUUGCCUGAUGAGAAUAUUCACGGACCGAAUGAAUUUUAUCGAAUUGGUAGUAUGGACAAAGCAAGAAAGGCGUAUGUAUCUUUUCUAUACCAAUUGGGUGAAAGAUAUCAUUUGGAACAUUCCUCUAAAAAACCUAUAGAAUCUCACGUGGUGACUACUUCUCCAAUGGAAAAUGUUGAAAUGGAUCAUAGUGAACUUUGAUAUAUACAUUAUCCUAUUGGAUUGAAAUAAAUUCAAAGAUACAACA